AAAUUAUCAUUAAUAUCACCUUUAGUCUCAAUGAAUUAUGAAUUAUUGAAAUUAAAAAUUAGCAAUUAUAUUAAUCUAUAUUAAUCCAUGUGAAGGAUGCAUCCUAUGAAUUGCGAUUGUCAUUACAUUUCAAUGGGAACACGCGUGCAUUCACGUGUCAUAGUAUAUGAAGAUAACAUCCGUAUCAUACUUAUAACUGUGUCACAUAUCAUAAUAUAGAGCUGUUGAUUUUUCGGUAUAAAAAAUAUCCACGAUGUUUCAACACUUUUUGCUAUUUCAUAAUUCUUUCGAUAAUGACGCAUCGUGCAGUACGCAGUGUCUAUACAAUCUAUAUAAUUAGUGACACAUAUGUACAUCAAGUGAAAUGUGUAUUAUGACAAAAAAAAUGUGGAUUUAUGUACAUUGUUUUUUAAAAAUCGGUUUUGAAUAGAUGUAAUGAAAAAAUUACCUCAUAUCAUAUGUAUAAAUAUAUAGUCAGCAAUUCUAUUUGUUGCCUAAUGUGACCAACAUCAUUAUUGUAAUUAAUAUUUAAGUCACGCGCGCCGAGCAAGGCGAUGGAACGAUACGAACGAUUAGCGCGUCUUGGAGAGGGUAGCUAUGGUGUAGUCUUCCAGUGUAGAGAUCGGCAAACUGGAAAAUUGGUAGCUGUAAAAAAGUUCCAACAAACAGAAGAUGAUCCUCUUAUACGCAAAAUUGCGCUACGUGAAAUAAGACUCCUUAAGAAUCUUAAACAUCCAAAUCUGGUCAAUCUUCUGGAGGUCUUUAGGCGGAAACGGAAAUUACACCUAGUCUUUGAAUAUUGCGAAUAUACAUUAUUAAAUGAGAUGGAGAGAUAUCCGAGUGGGUGUCCGGAAAUCACUACAAAACAGCUCACAUGGCAAAUACUGCAGGGCAUCGCAUAUUGUCAUCGAUUGGGUUGCGUUCAUAGAGAUGUAAAGCCGGAAAACAUUUUAAUCACAGGCGAUGGCGUGGUAAAAUUGUGCGACUUCGGUUUCGCUCGAAUGCUCAGUCCUGGUGAAAAUUACACAGAAUAUGUCGCAACUAGAUGGUACAGAGCACCUGAACUAUUGGUUGGAGAUACUCAAUACGGUACACCAGUCGAUGUAUGGGCAAUCGGUUGUGUUUUCGCAGAAUUAAUACGUGGAGAAGCACUAUGGCCAGGAAAAUCAGAUGUGGAUCAAUUAUACUUAAUUCGAAGAACUAUCGGUGAUUUAUUACCAAGACAUUUAGCCAUUUUUCAGCAAAACGAAUUUUUCGCUGGUAUCAUUUUACCAACUCCUCAAACUCUUAUCCCUCUCGAAAUUGUUCUACCAAAGAGAGGCAAUACAAUUUUACAACUUGACUUUCUCAAAAAGUGCUUGGAUAAAGAUCCUGAUGAAAGAUGGUCCUGUGAACAACUUUUACAACAUCUUUAUUUUGAGAAUUUUCACUUUAAAAUGCCUGAAGCAGAAAUGGAGGAAUUUGAAAAACUUAAAAAAAAUCGGGAUCGAUCACAAAAUAGUAAUAGCAAUGAAAUGGUAUUACCACAACUUCCUAAGGCUGGUGCUUCGGUACACAGUCAAAAUGAAAAUCGGCCGAAAAGCUCCUCCAUGAAUUAUCAACAGAAUUUUGAUCACCUGCCUACUAUUAAAAGGUUCUAAUUAAGCUCCUCUGUGAUUGUAAUAUAUUUAUAUGUAUAUAUAUACAUAUAUAUUUAUUUAUCUAUUUAUUUAAACUUUAUAAACUUUCAUUAUAAAUUAAUAAUUGUUAAUAUAUUUUAUUUUUAUUUUGCACAUUUGUCUUUCUAAUUUCUGAAAAGAUUUUAUUUAAUUAAUAUGAUUUCCAUAUAUACAUAUUUAUUGUAUGUAUGUUAUAUAUUAUACAUCUUAAAAUAAAAUUUUGUACAAAAUGAA